CAAUAAAUGUGGCCCGUUAUUUUCCGGAUGUUUUCAUCGCAGGCGGUAGUAGGCAUGCUCCAGCUAGCAGCUGACACUUCUGUAGUCAGGAGUGCAGACAAAUUUACAGUCUCUCAUUUGACUCUCUGAGGUCGCUAAGUAGCUCAGCAGCAGCAGCAUCAUGGCGGAGCAAGGCGAAUCUCCGGCUCCUGUCCAGAAUCCGCAACCAGUGCUGACAACGAACUGGCCAAUUACCAGAGAGUCUUACGAGUUACAGGAAGUCAUAGGCAGUGGGGCGACUGCUGUGGUGCAGGCUGCCCUCUGCACCCCCAGACAGGAACGUGUGGCCGUAAAGAGAAUCAACCUGGAAAAAUGCCAGACCAGCAUGGAUGAGCUAUUGAAAGAAAUUCAAGCCAUGAGCCAAUGCAACCAUCCGAAUGUUGUCACUUACUACACCUCAUUUGUGGUAAAGGACGAACUUUGGUUAGUCAUGAAACUUCUGAGUGGAGGAUCCAUGUUGGAUAUAAUCAAGCAUACAUUCAGCAGAGGGGAGCACAAGAAUGGAGUACUAGAUGAGCUCAUCAUUGCGACCAUACUGAAAGAGGUCCUAGAGGGCCUGGACUACCUGCACAGAAAUGGACAGAUACACAGGGAUGUGAAGGCUGGGAACAUUCUGUUGGGAGAGGACGGCUCUGUUCAGAUUGCAGAUUUCGGAGUGAGUGCAUUUCUGGCCACUGGAGGAGAUAUGACCAGAAACAAAGUGCGCAAGACCUUUGUGGGCACACCAUGUUGGAUGGCCCCUGAAGUGAUGGAACAAGUGCGAGGUUAUGACUUCAAAGCAGAUAUUUGGAGUUUUGGAAUUACAGCCAUCGAGUUGGCCACAGGCUCUGCACCUUACCAUCAAUACCCACCCAUGAAGGUCUUAAUGCUAACCUUACAGAACGAUCCUCCCACCCUAGAGACAGGUGUGGAGGACAAAGAGAUGCUGAAGAAAUAUGGGAAAUCGUUUAGGAAGCUAAUAACCCUGUGCCUUCAGAAGGAGCCCGCCAAGAGGCCUACAGCAGCAGAACUUUUAAAAUGUAAAUUUUUCCAGAAGGCCAAGAACAGAGAGUAUCUGAUCGAAAAGCUGCUAUGCAGAGCACCCAACAUUGCCCAGAGAGCCAGAAGGGAGCCAGGGCAGAAUUCCAGGAGCAUGGGCUCUGUCUCAGGCUCGGAGAAAGAACCUGAUGCCAUCAGAAGGGUGAGGAGAGUCCCCGGGUCCAGUGGUCAUCUGCACAAGACCGUGGACGGAGACUGGGAGUGGAGCGACGACGAGCUGGACGAGCGCAGCGAGGAGGGCAAGGCGGCCGUCAAUCAGGGCAGGUCACAAAGGGUCAGAGAGGAAAACGAAGAGGAAGACAAAGAUGAUGUGGAAAACGCCAACCGAGUUCCCAUGGAAGGACUGUCCAUUCAGCAUCCCCAGGUUCAACCGUUUGAGAAGAACACAGGGCCCUAUAUUCCUGUUGCUCUGAAUAUGGUCUUACGACUGAGGAACUCCAGGAAGGAGUUAAAUGAUAUCCGGUUUGAGUUUACACCAGGUCGAGACACUGCCGAUGGCGUUUCCCAGGAAUUGUUCUCAGCUGGACUUGUCAAUGGACACGAUGUUGUUGUUGUUGCUGAUAACCUUCAGAAGAUAGUAGAUGAUCCGACUACCUGCAAAGUGUUGACCUUUAAACUGGUCUCUGGCUGUGAUGACACAGAGAAUCUGGAUGAUGUGAAGCUGGUCGGCUUUGCCCAGCUGAGCGUUAGCUGAUGCCCUCCUCUUCGCGGUCACAGCAGGUGAGAUGGAGGAGGCAGGUCUUAACAGACAGACAGACUGAAAAGCACCGCGCACACACCUUGCCCUUCUCCCACUGUCCCCUCCCCCCCUCGACGGCCCCAAAGCCGAGCUCCGUCGCAGCUCCGCUCAGCUAGCUCCUCCCCUGCCCCCGGCUCACUGCCCCCUCCACUCCUUACCGCCCCUCUCAUGGGCACUCCAGGCCCCACAGAAGCCAGGCCCGGCGCACAAACCAUGAUUCAGCCCAGGAAACUAAAGAUGUACUCUGGUGGUGAUUGCUUGGGGAAAAGCAAAGUGGCUUAGGAGAUGUUGUUGUUUUCCUUUUUUUUCAUUAUGUUACCUCUGCUUUAAGCGAAGCUCUUACUAUUUAUUCAUUGAAUAGAAAAGGCAUUUUAUUUGUUUCGCAGUGUUACUUUUUGCAGUAAAAAUGUUUGCCUCUUCAGCUUCCUUUCACAGGCCACUCAUUUUGAGAUCAAGUUCCCCAUACUUCUGUAGUCUCUGUUCAGAAUGUACAAUUUAUUUAAUUUGUAGAAGAAGCACAUUUUCAUGAAAACAGAAUGAAUGUUUCAACAGAAUGAUCUCUACGGUUUAUAAAUUAGCAUAAACCAACACAUUUAGGGGACCCAUUUUUCGGUGAAAGUAAAGGACAGGUAAAACCUAGAUGCUGCCGUCUGUAAUUUGCUGCUUCUUCAUACGACAGUGUUGAUGCUUAAAAGAUGCUAGAGGUGCCUUGUUCAUUAAUCUGUGCCUAAGAACGUAGGUAAUGAGUGAGACCACAAACAGCAGAACUUGUUUAUGUUCAAUUGUUUGGACAAUUCACAAAAUUGCAUAUAUUCCAGCAUUGAUACAACUCAAUUAUAGUAUUUUCUCAAAUCAAUAGUUAUCUUCUAAAGAAAAAGCUACAAUGCACUUUUAGGCAGAGCACCCUACAAAACAAUGCUUGGCCCGGGGAGACUCACGGUAUAAACUGUAAUGAGUAUUUAACCUGUUUGUUAUCUGACAACAAUGGUCAUUUGAACCGUAACACAAACCAUAAUCCUGUAAUGUGCUUCAUUUUAUGUGUUUUCAGAAGCAAAAUUAAUUGAUAAAAUCUUUAAAAAUUGUUACUUGCUCUGUCUUUCUGCACUACAACAUAUUUUUCCCUAAAUAUAUUAUUCUCUGAAAUGUACUGUAUAACAAAGCAUCUGCGAACGAAACCCAAAGGCAACUAUUGAAAGUUGAUGAGCCAUUUGUUUGUCCAAACAAGUACAGUAGCUCUAAAUUAUUUUCUAAAGUAUUGAAGUGAUGAAUAAAUAUUAACUUGUACUAAAUAUUUUAAGAGGUAAGUUAUUGUGUUUUCUAUGUUCAAGUAUGUGUACCAUUUCCGCAUAUUAUCCUUGUUCCCUUUCUGUAAUCAGCCUAUUAAAAAUUUCAGCUAAGGAGCAACGAAUAAAAUAAAAAUGCUAUUAUUAAAUCAAA